AUGACCAAGUCUAAUGCAAAUAAAAUAAAGUUUGUUAAGUUCCCUACGGGAAUUCCACUACUAUUAACUUACCUUAAAACAGAUAGCUGGAGAAAGGCAAGACCAGGAGAAACUCCAUGGAUUAAGAGUAGAGUUAAUCAAAAUUAUAAAUCUGUGGUGCAUAGAAUGAAAUAUGAAUUAAAUGAUUUAAUAGAUUACCUUUCUCCAACUGAAGUAGAAAGAUCAUUAAGAAUAUUUAGCAUCAAAAGGAUUGAAAAUGCGAUAAAGGAGAAAUUUGUUGGUUCUGAAGUUUUUGUAUUUGGAAGUUACAGAUAUGGUUGUUACCUUCCAACUAGGUAA